AUGGGUCUCUUCAACAGGAAGAACAAUGGGCAGGACUCAAAUAAUUCUGACGAUACCUCGGACAUCAAGAAGGAGAAAGGUGGCUGGAGGAGACCAGCAAAUACGGCCUUCAAACAGCAGCGGUUGAAGGCCUGGCAGCCAAUUUUGACCCCCAAGACCGUUUUACCCACCUUCUUCAUCAUUUCGGUCCUCUUUGCACCAAUAGGUGGGCUCCUCAUCUGGGGCUCCUCUAUGGUAUCGGAAAUCACUAUCGACUACACGGGAUGCGAGAACCUUCAAUCCUCGACACCACAAAGUCUCUCGUUUACUGUCGUGCCCUCGGACAAAUACUCAUAUCAUCUACGUGCUGCCGAUUCCAGCGCUGCCAGCCGUGUCACCCCGCCGCAGUAUGCGCGCGUUACCGACUCAAACGCUCCUGUCGGAGAACAGGAUCAAUGCAUCCUUCGGUUCGAUAUCCCGGCAGACAUGUCGCACACCGUUCUACUGUACUACAAGAUGACAAAUUUCUACCAAAACCACAGAAGAUACGUCAAGAGUUUCGAUUCCGAUCAGCUGAAGGGGAAGGCUGUCAGUAUCAAAGACCUACGAGACAGCGACUGUAAACCACUUGAUGUUGACAGUAACGGGAAAGCUAUCUAUCCUUGCGGCCUCAUCGCUAACUCUUUGUUCAACGAUACCUUUUCCGACCUCACACUCAUUCCCGAAUCGGAUGGAGCCAAUUUCACAUAUGCCUUUAGCUCCGACAACAUUGCGUGGCCGGGUGAACACAAGAAAUACACCAACAAACCUGAUUACGAUCCCUCGGCCAUUGUACCUCCGCCCAAUUGGCAGAAACGUUUCCCUGAUGGAUACAACGAGUCCAAUAUCCCCAGGCUAGCUGAUGAUCAGCACUUCCAGAAUUGGAUGCGUACAGCUGGUCUUCCCACCUUCACCAAGUUGUAUGGAAGGAACGACAAUGACAAUCUGCCGAGGGGACGCUACGAGAUGAGAAUCAACACAAAUUAUCCUGUACAGACGUAUAAGGGUACCAAGUCGAUAGUUAUAUCAACGGUCGCCUGGAUAGGUGGGAAGAACUCUUUCUUGGGCUGGGCGUAUGUUGCCGCCUCCGGUGUCUUCAUGCUCCUUGCUAUCCUUGGCCUUGCGCGUCAUCUCAUCAAGCCCAGAAAACUCGGUGACAUGUCUCAAUUGUCAUGGAAUCGGUAG